AAGGAGCACUAUAUAAACGCCAUGCCCCUCUUUCUCGUCACAUAUUUAACCACAUUCCCACCGAACGUGUCACCUAUUCACCCUCUACCCUUCUAAUCCCCCUCUAAUAAACCACAAAUCACUGCCCACCCUUCAAAAGAAACCCCCCACCAAAAUGCCCCCCUCUCUCUCCCCAGAAAUCGCCGAACAAAUCCGGCUCAAAAAAUCCCAAUACUGCCGUUUCGCCGACACCAACCACUGGGAAAAGAUGGACACCCUCCUCGCCGCGGACGCGCGAUUCGAAUUCUACGACAGCGAAGGGUCCCUGGUCUGCGAAAACGGCGUCGACUUUAAAUUCAACUCCCGGGCCGAGUUCGUCGCAUACUUCAGCGAGGCGUUUAAGGUGCUGCAGACGAUUCAUCUCGUCGGGCCGGGGGAGCUGGAGCAGGUUGGUCCGAACGAAGUGAAGGCUGUUUGGACGGUGAUCUAUCAUGCGGGACCUAGGGGCAUGGAUGGGGGGAUGCAUGGGACUGGGGGAGGGCAUUACUAUGAGACGUGGACGAGGGAGGAGGGCGGGCAGGAGUGGUUGAUGAAGGAUAUGAGGAUGGAGAGGAUUUAUUGGAAUGUUCUGGGAGCUUGA